GUCGUCAAUGCGAGCUCCAUCAGGAAGGUCAAGAUGUCGACCAUCUUCGACCAGGCGGACGACUCCGAGAUCGCCCCCUGGUCGGCCCAACGGACGCGAACGGUCAUGGCGGCCUUCAAGGCGGCCAACGACGACGAGGACCCCGACCCAGACGAGGACGUCACUGGGGACCAGCUGGCGGCCUUGGAGCAUCGAAUCCAGACGGGCGCGUGCCCCUGCCCCGACUUCGGGGUGUGGCGGCCGUACGGCCAGCGGUUCGCGCGCACCCUCAAGCUGGUCGUGCAUCACAUCACGCCGGCCGGCGACUACAGGCCUUACGAGGUGCCAGGGCCGCCGACGUUCGCGGAGUGGCUGCCUGCGUUCCGAGUUUUCUCGGUCGGCAUGCGUGCGCUCGGGGCCGCCACGACCGCGAGGCUCCAGCUGUGCCAGAACAAGAUCUCCAAGUUCAACAACACCUAUAGGAGGCGCGCCGAGGAAGAGUACGCGGCUGCGCAGGUUCCGGGGGCGCCGCACGCCUUCGACCCGAAGAUGCCGUGGGACUACUGCUUCAAGGCCGCCGCUGCCGACUCCGAUUUCUGGGAUGAGGAGCUGGGGCGCAAGGCGACGCUCUGGGUCACCCACCUCAGGACCAGGCAGCAGCUCACCGACGACGGCACUGGGCAUUCCGGCGGCAACGGCGGCGGCAAGCGCGGUGCGAAGCGCGCCUGGGGGAGCCAGGACCGCGCAGCCUCGGACUCCAGCCAGUUUGGAGGCAGCGGCCGCGGUCGCAGCGGAGGACGCGGCGGGGGCCGUGGCGCCGCGGGCGGCGGCAAAGGCAACGCGAAGCAUCCGGACGGCAGGUGGCGUGGGGACGAGAGAGGCAAGCCGCUUUGCUGGGCGUGGAACCACAACGCCAAUGGGUGCAGCGAGGUGUGCGCCAACGGCAGGGUGCACGCCUGCGAGUGGUGCAG